CCGCCGUCCAAUGAAGCCCCCUUCGUGUUCGGGAGCGUGAGGGACAGCCUGCCCCGGUUCGACGAAGGCCCGUCAGCGGCUUCGAAGCUGGACGAUAUGAUGGGGAAGAUGAACCUGCGGGGUCCAGGUAAAUGCAGCGUUGAUGCUGGUAAAGAUAAGAGCUCUGUUUUUGGCGUCCCUAUACCACCUAGUUUGGCUUCCGACAGGGAAGCGAAUGUGCUCCCGGAAAAGCUGACACGGCUGAAUUUAGGUACCGGGGCGCCAUUACAGGAUGAGGCUGCUAGCAGUGUGCCGAAAACGUUUGUGUUCGGGAGUAGCGGAGCUGGGGAUUUUCCUGACAGUAUGCGCACUGCUUCCUCUAAUGCAGAUUCACGUGCUGCGAGUUCAGGUCAGGUUACUGAGGCAAAUGGUGCGCCUGGAAGUGGCCGUGCAGAUGGCACCAAGGAUGUUGCCCCUGGUGGUGUUAAUAUCAGUGCAUCUUCUGCUAAUCGUGGUACUGAUGAUGCAAGCGUGCUUCCGGAGAGGAUAACACAGCUGAAUAUAGGAGGUGGCAUGUUUCAGUACAUGAAAGAGGGUAGUCAUCAAACUCCCCAAGUGUUUGGCCUCGGGGGUGGCGGAACUACAGGCAUUCCUUUCGGCAACGUUUCAAGCAAGGGUUCCGAUAAGGCCAAUGCACAUUUCUCUUCUGCAAAUAGCAAUGCUUCUAGUUCUAGUGGUGCUGCCAAUUUGCCUUCGGAGUGGGCGUCUGCUUUGAAUAUAGGAGGUGGAGUUACGCGGAGCAUGAGAAGUGAUAAUGCAAAUUGCCCUCCAGAGGCAUUUGUAUUUGGAAGAAGUGGGAGCACAAACUCUGCUUCGGAACAUCCAGCUCAUGGUAAACUUGCAGAUAAGAUGACAAGUUUAAAUAUACAACAUAGAAUCCCACCUCAGAGCAUGAAAGAUGAAGGCUAUGUGACAAAUAACUUUGAUAUCGGAAGUGGCAGCAGUGCACCUGCUCGAUCUGAAGGGGCUGCAGGAAAACAUGCACUGCAAGAUGGAAUCAAGAAAUUGAACAUCAACAGGGAAGGACCAUCAGUUGGACGUGUUGAAGUAAAUGAUGCUUCCACUUUUGAAUUUUCAUUUGAGAGCAAAGCAGAAGCUACUCCAGGACAUGGUACCGUUCCUCAGCCUAAAUUUCAUGAGUCAUGCCUGUUUACUCCUUUGAAUCAUUCAUCUAGUUUCUCUACAUCUGCAAGUGAGAUGCCAUCUUUCAGUUCCAACCUUAUGAAUGCAGGAACAAGAACUGCUACUGGUGAAUCUAAUGCAGUCAAACAUGAUCCGGCUAGUUGCACCAGAGAGAGCUUAUUUGGUAUUGACUAUAUAAAAUCAGCUUAUAGAGACAAAAAGGAAGCUCAUAAGAGCUCAAGGAAGAAAAGACCAAGUAGGCUAAAACAACAUGCUCAACUCCAUCAAGUUCCGCAAGAAACAUGCACCGACAGACAAACCUCAGAUUUAACAGGUGACUAUUCACCAAUGGAUUGUUCUCCUUAUCAGGAAGCAGUUGAACAAGUGUCAAGAGAGGCAUCUGUGGGUUGUGAUCCGUCCAUUCACAUACUUGAUAGUAGCGUCUCAAAUCAGCAGACCAGUUGUGCUGAAGAUGAUCUAGUAUCUGCUACUGAGCACCUUGUUAUCGAGGCAGAGCUUCCAACAUGUCAAGAUGAAGGCAGAGAUCCCACCGUGGAUGCAUCUGAGAGUAAUAUAAGUGGGCAAACUUGCGAAGAGAACAGCUCCAGAACACCACAUGAGUCUUGUGAACCUGUUAAUACUCAAUCAAGCUCAGCAGAUUUGAGUGGGCUCAACUUCACCUUUGGUGCAUCAGUGUAUCCCGGAAGUUCUUCUUCGGCGCAAAAACGUACUUCAAAAAGAAAGUUAAGGACUAAGGGUAGUCAGGUGCUUAAGUCUUCAUCCACCCAAGCUUAUGUACAGCCAAAAAGCUCACAAGACACAAAGAUGCAGUUUUCCCCAGAAACAAGUGAGGCAAAAAAUUCAGUUAAAGAGCAGUUCAACAGAGAUGCAUCAAUUUUGGCAGGUUUGGAGACUUGUGAGACCUGGCGUACAAGUGGGAAUCAAGCCUAUGCAAAUGGUCACUUUGCCACUGCAGAGGGCUGUUAUACCCGUGGAAUAAAUUCUAUUUCCCAGUAUGGAACUUCUGGACGCUGUUCCCGUGCAUUGGCGAUGUGCUAUAGCAACCGUGCAGCCACUAGAAUGUCUCUGGGGAGAAUGGGAGAAGCUCUUCAAGAUUGCUCGAUUGCGACAUCAAUUGAUCCCACCUUUCUUAAGGCUAAAGUUCGUGCUGCAAAUUGCCAGCUAGCACUUGGAGAUCUUGAAGGCGCAUCAAGCAAUUACACAGCCUGUUUGAAAUCUAGUAACACUGCUGAUUUUGACAUCAAAAUGUCCGCUGAGGCUUCUAAUGGUCUGGAAAGAGUCAAGAGGGUGACAGAUUGGGUAUCCCAGUCCAGGGAACUUCUCAAGAAAGGAACAUUGCCUGAAGCAAAAACAGCUUUUGAAUUUAUCUCCAGUGCAUUGGAAAUAAGUUCACAUUCAGAUACCCUAAUGGAGAUGAAAGCAGAGGCACUGCUGACGCUACGAAGAUAUGAAGAAGUAAUCGAGCUAUGUCAGGAAACUGCAGAUUUGGCUGAAAGAAAUGCUGUUUUAAUUAAUUCCAAUGGAGAACCAAAUAGUUCAAAUGUAUCUGGAAAGGCAGAAUGCUCUGUAACACUUUGGCGGCCAUACCUCAUUUGCAAGUCUUACUUCCUUCUAGGCAAGCUUGAUGAGGCUCUUGACUUGCUAAAGAAGCAUGAGCUAGUGACACCUGAAGAGAGUGAUGGGAGCGCAUCUCGGAAAUGUUUCUCAUCAUUGUCUACAAGUAUAAGGCAACUUCUUUCCUUCAAGGCUGCGGGGAAUGAAUCAUUUCAAGCUCGCCGAUAUUCGGAAGCUGUGGAACAGUAUUCAUCGGCUCUGGCAUGCAAUAGUGAAUCACGGCCCUUUUCAGCUGUCUGUUUUUGCAACCGUGCAGCUGCAUAUCAAGCACUUGGUCAACUUACUGAUGCAAUCGCAGAUUGUUCACUAGCCAUGGUUCUUGAUGCAAAUUAUCCUAAGGCAAUUUCUAGGCGAGCCACAUUAUACGAGAUGAUAAGGGAUUAUGGGCAAUCUGCUAAUGAUUUAAGGAAGCUAAUCUCACUUCUUCAAAAGCAAGCCAAUAAGCCUGGAGCAUCACCAAAAGUUGUGAACAAGCAUAGUGACCUGAAGCAGGCGCGAGCCCGACUUCUGUCUGUGGAGGAUGAAGCAAGAAAAGAUACUCCCUUGAAUUUUUAUUUGAUCCUGGGGGUUGAACCAUCCUGCUCUCCACCGGAUAUUAAGAAGGCAUACCGAAAAGCUGCAUUGAGACAUCACCCGGACAAGGCCACUCAACUGCUAGUCAGAAAUGAGAAUACUGAUGAUGGGUUUUGGAGGGAUAUCGCCAAGGAGGUUUAUUCGGAUGCUGAUCAUCUGUUCAAAACAAUUGGAGAGGCAUAUAAUAUUCUUUCAGAUCCCGGCAAGCGUGAAGAGUAUGAUAUUGAAGAGAAUCUAAGAAAUGCUGCCAGGAGAGCUUUUAAGGGGAGGAAUACACCAAGGUCACCUGAACAGCACUAUAGGAAACAAUAUGACAGGGGUUUUAGCCCUCGUCAGUGGCAAUCUGCGGGGCAGUCAAACAAUGGUGCAACCCGGUCACGUUGGUCUGGAUACGAAUACACUGAUGACUACUGGUAAAAAUUUUCGGUAGAUGCUUGUGGUUUGAUCUUAGCGUGGAAUCUGCAGCAUCGGCUGCAAUGAGCAAGGCGGACCUCCUUGCACCAAGGUGUGUGGCCUUUGUCCUCCUGGAGUUGUUAGAUGCCACUGCUAACCUGCCAUCCUCCCUCCUUGGCAGCUAGAGGAUGCAUUGCAGCUUCGCUGCCUGUCUGCUAAAUUCCGUUCUUUGGAAGAGGAUGGAAAAUUGUGGUUUGGAUGGUCGGCGUGAUGGUUUGGUGGUUGAAUUCUUGAACAGCAUGGAAUACUUGGUUGACAUUGUCAGUCUGCACCACCAUGAAAGAUUAACAUCAGAGGGAGAGUUUUGGCUUGCCCCAUAGGCAAACACAUUGCUUGUUCAUGCACAUAGGGAUACACAAAUUAUUUUUGGUGGGCAGAUAUCAAGAGUUUUGUUCUAUUUAUGAAUGCUUCAGAUAUUGUGCCUACCUGAAGGAGAAACAAUGUUGUUCUGUAGAAGUAUGGUAUUGUUCAUGUCUGUAAUUCCUAGUUAGGUGGAAUUACGAAGACAUUUGCUGAAGGAACCAAAUUUGCCUUCGCUGGUAUUUCUUUAAAUGACAUGUAGCCAAUUUUCUGCAAAGAUACAAGUGCAGAGUGAAAAUUUGACAGUGUAUGCGGGCCAACAAUGUUUGGCUGUACAUUUUAGAAUGAGUAAAAUGCAUCCACUAUCACUGAAACAUGUUUGACCUA